GAUAAGGGAUUCUUUGUGCGUUGUUUUAUUUUAUAAAACAGAGAGCAGGGAAAAGCACGGAUUGGUUUGUGAUUAGAGAGAAAGAUGCAAUCUUUGGGGCUGAAGAUGGCGCCUGCUUGGAAGCUGAGUGCAGGGCUGACGACGACGGGUCCAAGGGAGAGAGAGAGGCUGGGUUUUGGUAGGAUCGUCGUCGCGGCUUCAUCGUCUUCUUCUUCGUCGUCGUCCUCCUCUUCUGAGAGAGAUGGUGAUGGGGAUAGCAAGGACGUUGAGAGUCCCGCAGCGUUUCUUUCCAGGAGCCAGACCUAUGCUCUGCUCAAGCAGCAGCUUGCCGUUGCUGCCAAAUUUGAGGAUUAUAAAGAAGCUGCGAGAAUAAGGGAUUCUUUGAAAUCAUUUGAGGAGGGGGAACCAGUUUUGCGGCUACGAAGACUGAUGAAAAUUGCGGUUCAUGAAGAGAGAUUUGAGGAUGCAGCCAGAUAUAGGGAUGAACUAAAGAUAUUGGCUCCCCACUGUCUCCUCAAAUGUUCAAGUGAUGCAACAACUCUGGGUAUACGAGUGCAAGUCAGGAGCGUGUAUAUUGAGAGCCGGAGUCAGGCAUCAAAAGGACAAUACUUUUUUGCAUAUAGGAUUAGAAUCACCAAUAACUCACAGCGACCCGUUCAGCUACUCAGGAGGCAUUGGAUUAUAACAGACGACAAUGGAAAAACUGAGAAUAUAUGGGGAGUUGGUGUGAUAGGAGAGCAGCCAGUUAUACUUCCUAGGGCUGGAUUCGAGUACUCCUCUGCUUGUCCAUUAACCACCCCUAAUGGGAGAAUGGAAGGAGAUUUUGAGAUGAAGCACAUUGAUAAAGCGGGAUCAUCAACAUUUAAUGUCUCCAUUGCUCCAUUCUCUCUCUCUAUUCUCGGAGAUGACACAGAUGAUGCUCUUUAGUGUAUAUAACAACUGAAGCCCAACAUGAGUCACCGAGGAAUGAGAUUUUGCCUGAGCAUGGAGACUAAUUGUAAUCAGGUGAAGCCGGGCAAUUAUAUUGGUUGUAGGUGUGAUCACUUCUUUUCUUCGCUUAUUCUUGUAAAUGUCUUCUUGUUAGUGGAGACAAUGGUGUUGUUUCCUUGUUCAAUGCGGAGUCAUGUAAUUUGUGAUACAAAAACAUGUAUUUUGCCUUGUUUUCUUUUUCCUGUGCUAUAAAAAUGGGUUGUCUUAUGAUUUGUA